AGAGCGGCUCCCAGAGGCCGGAAGGGCCGAGACUAGCGGUUGGCUCCUGCAGCACCAGCGGCGCCGGCGGUCUUGCCUGCCUGGGCGGCCAUGAUGGGCUCGGCCCGCGGCCUUCUCUUGGCGGGGCCGGUGCGGACCUGGUGCUGCAGGCGGGCGCUGGGCGGGCCGCCCUCGGGGGCGGGGAAGAGGCGCUGGAGCAGGCCGGGUCUCUCGCCGGGGGCGCAGGCGGUGCCUGGAGAGCCCGCGGGGCACUGGCAGGGCCGCGGCGAGGAGGCGGCGGAGGGCGGCGGGUCCCCCGAACACUACUACCAGGCCCGGAGCCGGGCUGUCCAGCAGCUGAGGGGCACCGCUGAGGACCCUUAUCCACACCAGUUCCGUGUGGAUCUGCCCCUUCCUGCCUUCGUUGAGAAGUACAGCUGCUUGCAGGCGGGAGAGCACUUGCCCAGCGUCACGGUGAGAGUGGCAGGUCGGAUCUCCGCAAAACGUGCCCAUGGAGGGAACCUGGUCUUCUACGACCUUCAUGGGGAGGGAGCGAAGUUGCAAGUUAAGUCAAGCUCCAGAAGCUACAAAUCUGAAGAAGAGUACACGCACAUCACCAACAAGAUUCGUCGUGGAGACAUUGUUGGGAUCCAAGGGAGUCCUGGGAAGACUCAGAGAGGGGAGUUGAGCAUCCUUCCCUAUGAAAUGACCCUGCUGUCUCCGUGCCUCCGCAUGCUGCCUCACCUCCAUUUUGGGCUCAAAGACAAGGAAACCAGAUUUCGGCAGAAAUACCUGGAUCUAAUGCUUAAUGAUGAUGUGAGACAUAAAUUCAUAGUCCGUGCAAAGAUUGUAGCAUUCCUUCGCAAUUUCCUAGAUGCUUUGGGCUUUCUGGAGGUUGAGACUCCCAUGAUGAGCCCCGUCCCUGGCGGGGCUGUGGCAAAGCCCUUCGUUACCUACCACCAGGAGCUGAACAUGAACUUGUACAUGAGAAUGGCUCCAGAGCUCUACCACAAGAUGCUGGUGGUGGGUGGAAUGAACCGGGUCUUUGAGAUUGGGCGCCAGUUCCGGAACGAAGGCAUCGAUUUGAUGCACUACCCAGAGUUCACCACCUGUGAAUUUUAUAUGGCCUAUGCCGACUACUACGACGUGAUGGAGAUGACAGAACAGCUGCUUUCAGGGCUGGUGAACCACGUCACUGGUGGCUACAAGAUAAAGUAUCACCCCGAAGGCCCAGAGGGCCCGGCGUGUGAAAUCGACUUCACCCCUCCCUUCCGGAAGAUCAGUCUGGUGGGCGAGCUGGAGAGAGUGCUGGGCGAGAAGCUCCCUGCAGCGGAUCAGUUCCAGACGGAAGAGGCUCGCCGGUUCUUUGACGCGGCCUGUGAGGAGAGAGGGGUUUCCUGCCCUGCCCCGCGGACUGCAGCCAGGCUCCUGGACAAGCUGGUGGGGAAGUGCUUGGAAGUCGGCUGCAUCAACCCCACGUUUAUCUGUGACCACCCCCAGAUCAUGAGCCCCCUGGCCAAGUGGCAUCGCCUCCACCCAGGCCUGACAGAGCGCUUUGAGCUGUUUGUGAUGAAGAAGGAGGUCUGCAAUGCCUACACGGAGCUGAACGACCCUUUCCUGCAGCGGCAGCUUUUUGAAGACCAGGCCAAGUUACUAAAGAAAAAAGAAAAUAAUAACAGUUUAAUCGUGAGGCGGACAUUUAAUUACCUUCUUUUUGUCCGGAUGCUCGUCACCCUGCAGAGAAGGAGUGGCACCAUCUGGAUGUCAGGCGGGCGCUGAAGAUCUAUAUUGACAGGACGUAGGCUUUUCGUAAGUCGGAUGCUCUUUUUGUGGCCUUUAAGGCUUCUAAGAUGGGAUGCAAGGUCUCUACAGCCGUUAUCGCUCGAUGGGUCCGUUCAUGCAUUACGGUGUUGUACGAAGCCCAGAAACUUCCGGUGCCUGGCCAGAUUACGGCACACUCAACUACAUCGGCAGCCACUUCCGCUGUGUUAUCUUCACUGACGUCCCUUGAAGAGAUUUGCAAGGCAGCUACUUGGUCAUCGCCUUUUACAUUUUCAAGGCAUUACAAGUGGGAUGAACAUGAAGCUGCCAGAGCGGCAUUUGGUCGGAGGGUCCUGCAACGGGUCCUUCCGGCUCAGUUGCUGCAGCUUGGGUAUUUUCCCUCCCGUGGUUGGUGCUGUGGUAUGUCCCAAGCUUGGGUGACCUCCUACACCAGCCGAGAAAGGUACAUUGGUACUCACCGUGAAGGUGUCUUCUGGCUGGUGUAGAAGAGGUCACCCAAGGCCCGCCCGGGUUGUGUGAGGCUGCAGCUGAUGAUCUGGUUAUAGGGGGACAGUUUUUCUGUCUUUCUCUGCAUUAUGGUUCGUAUAUUGUUGUAUAUUCUCUGUUAUG